AUGGCUAUAGUGCAGCUCCUUGGAGAUGGCGCUGACGUGAAUCAAAGAGACGACCUUGGGCGGACAGCAUUAUCCUGGGCUGCAUCCAACCGCCUUCCUGGAAUUGUUUACUGGCUCAUCGAGUAUGGAGCCGAUAUCAACAUCAUCGACCUGCACGGAAGAACCCCCCUGAGCUGGGCCGCCCAGGCGGGAUCUCACCACGUCGUAAAAAUCCUGGUUGAGAAAGGAGCUGACGUUAACUUGGCACGCGGUAAUGGGUUGCGGCCCCUUGAAGCCGUAAUGGAGUCUGGGCGUGGAGAGGAGGCCACAAUUGUCAUGAAAAUUCUCAAAAAGUUUGGUGCUAAACGCUCCUGGAGGCAUAGGCUUCGCCACGGAUGGUUCGGGCAUGGUUAUCUAAAAAAGGUAGUCCAGAAGAGGUCGCGAGGAAUGCAAGCAAGAUUGUGGUGGAGGCUGCAACGAAGUGAAUUCAAGCUGAGUGGGCUCGCAUCAAUGAACGGGCUCGCACAACCAGCUCGGAAGCACGCUGUUUUUGGCGAGCUGUCAAUAGUUGGACACUUCCGUAUUCGGUGCAGCGACAGUAUCAGCGACCACGGAGACGUUCGAAUCAUGGAUAGCGGCCGCCUGUCCCAUAUCCUGAAUGAGUUGGAAAGCCCGGAGCGACAACAACCGACGAUGAUAUUCUUGUUGGGAGGUGAAGGCAAAGAGGAAGCGCUUGAUUCGCUUUUCGAGAACUAUAUGACACAAAACAAGCCAGAGAAGUCAAACAUGACUAUAAACUUACGAAGAGAAGCUGGCGGGGAUCACGCACCUGUACUCUUUGUUGAUGGCGAUCUUCGCGCGACUUUAAGUGUGCAGCAGAGUGAGAGCUAUUUGCGGAAGACCACCUACUCUGCAUUGUGGGCGGACGGAGGUAGUGAGGAUGUCAUCAGUUUGGUCUAUGCCAGGCUCCUCUUCCUCUUCUGCGACAUUGUGUGCAUCUUCGCAGAAGACUUCCCCAGUCUUGACCACGUGGCGCAUUUUCUACUAUUUGUCGCUCAGGCAGGUUCUGCGUCCACUCUUCCCGUUCCGGUCCGCCCAACGGCUCUUGUUGUCCUCGGAAGAGGCAGCGAGACGCACCGGCUUGAGAUGAACAAGUUUCAUCGAACAAUCUCCGCCCAUCGGAGCCGCAUAGCAGAAUCCUUCUCUACAGUUAGGACGAUCACCCUCGGCAGCUAUGAUCGGCUGAGGAGCUUCCUCCAGCACCACCUAGACCAUGCCGCGAACAUACGCUCUGCUCAUCGCGCUCGUUUUACUGCCGUGCACCUUGACAGCCUAUUUCAAGCUGCGCUAAGGCACACCGCGAUGACCGUCACCGAGCCUUUUGACCACAUCAGGGAGAUGAGGGUCGGUAACGAAGUGCCGGCGGGUCUGACUUUUCAUCUCACUAACUACUUCCGACUUGGAUUUCGGGCGGAGAUCAGCGUGGGUGACCUAGUGCCUUCUAUUGCUUCUGCUAUUGUUGCAGACAACUACCCUCCAAGGGCGCAUUGUAAGCCCCCUUUAAGCACGAUCCCAAAAUUGCAUGCUAAGAUACCAGUGUCGGACCCAAAUUUGGUGUUCGAACGUUUGUACCGUGAACCCCUUUUAGAAGCCUUCCUAUGGCUUUGCAAGGAGCAACCCAGCCUGUCCUUAGUGCCCGAAGCGGCGUGUGAAUUGGUCCGAGUCGAGGCAAACAGGUUCUUCUCAUCUGUAGAGGAAGCGGGGAGGCCAUCGACAGAGCUGCACCAGGAACAGCUCAUGUCACAGAGUGCUCUCUUCUGCCGAGUGAAGUCUAACCGCACCUGUCUCUGGUGUCGAUUCCGAAAGCCAGAACACCGACCCGCCUGUGGACAUGGUCUAUGCGAAAUAUGUGUAAGAAGGUACGGGGACCCCGCGUCUGAUACUGAGUAUCGGCUGACUAUCCGUCUCUGUUAUCUGUGCUUGUCGCGAGCGCCUCUCACCAUUGACCUGGUGCCUCCAACCAAACGUAUCAGCAGCUUAGCCAUUGACGGGGGAGGCGUCCGUGGCGUCAUUCCUCUGGAAUUUCUUUUGUUGGUGCAGGAGAAGUUGGGGGCCAACUGUCCAGUUGUGGAUCUUUGUGAGCUCGUCAUGGGAACCAGCUCCGGAGGAAUCAUUGCGCACGCCUUGGUGAACCUACGGUGGGACGUGGCAACCUGUUCUGAUGUCUUCGAACGGCUAGCCCGGAGAGUCUUUCACCGGGCACGACGAGCUCUGCUAGUCCGCAAGUCAUUCGCCGGACGACUUUAUGGGUGGCUCACCUGGUGGCUGUAUGAUGGGCUUUACGAUUCUGCCGUUCUUGAAUCAUUGUUGAAAGAAAUCUUUGGAGAAUUCCGUCGAACCUUUCACGCUGCGGGGCCUGACGGCUCGGGAGCCCUAAUAUCUGGAACCAAGGUGGGAGUGGUGGCAACCAGUAUUUCCCGAGAGACCUCCACAUUUGUGUUCGGGAACUUCAACGGUGCUGAAUGCGGCAAGCAACGCGUCCGGCCGGAAGACGACGGUGAUGACCCGUUUGUGUGGCAAUCAGCACGAGCGACAUCUGCCGCCCCAUCGAUCUUUCCACCAGCCUACAUCCGCGCGAUUGGGACUUUCCAGGAUGGAGGACUGAGGGAGAACAAUCCGGCCGGCAUUGCUCGGCGUGUGAGCCGCCAGAUCUGGCCAGCGAAAAAGAGGCCAGCACUUGUGGUAUCAAUAGGGACGGGCACCAAAGACGACAAAACAUCCGGUCAAGAUGCUCCUCACUUUCGCAACGUAUUCAGGGAUGGCUUCGCGCGUCGCGCUCUCGAUGCCUGGCUUUAUUCGCUCGACGGGGAGGUCAAGUGGAAGGACCUGAUGAACCUUCUAAGUGAUGACGAAAAAUCCGAUCAUAUUCGAUAUAACGUCUCACUGAAGGACCUAGCCGGCAAGAUCGACAGUGUCAGCGACAUUGACAGCUACCGCAAUCUGGUCAUCCUCAACCCAGGGAGUGCGAAGAUGGCAGCUGAAGUGGCAACCGCGCUCCUCAUAUCAUCUUUCUACUUCGAGUUAGCCGAGGUGCCUAACAGUGAAGAUGGACAUUUCCCGUGCAGAGGUAUCAUCCGCUGCCGGCCACGGAUCCGGUCAAUUCUCCCACCGCUAGAGGAACUCCACGGGUCGCAGCAGAUGUCCUUCACCACGGACAGCGAGUUGCUAGGUCCUUUCCUCGGGGAGGGUGACGUCUGUCCCUCCUGCGACCGUUACCACAAGCCUGUUUCGUUUUAUGUGAGGCACCUGGAGGAACGUAUCAGCAUAUAUUUAAAGUUCGGUCGCCGGAAGCACCGAAAGAUCAGUGGAUUUCCCUGUACGAUAAACGAUAUCAUCAAGGACCAAGGCCUCGCCUCUGCCUUUGGUGCGAUAGAGCCGCAGACGAACAGCAGUGUCGAAGAAAGAGGACACUGUCCGAACCCUGUCAAGACGCCCCGUUGCGGAAGACUCGUCGGUUGGGGUAGAAUUGUCCAACACUGGCCAAGACGCUACUGGCCUUUACGCGUUUAUCGCGUAUUGGGUGGACAGGUAGACCCUGGUCUAGAACAUUGCGGGGUAAACAUUUUUAAGUUUAGCUUUUGA